AAAGGGGCGGGAGAAGGGGUUGAAGUCAAGGGAAGGGGGGUUGGGGGGUUAGGAAGAUAUUUGGCUAGUAUUAGGAUAAAUCAGCGUCCCUCCAUGGCAGCGAACAAGCCUUCUGAGAUUUGGUUAAGCGUGGUCUUCGCAGAAUGCAAAGGUGGAAAGACAGAACCCAGUUUGGAUGGCAUGACAACUACCAUGUGAUCUCCUACAAACACAAGUACGGUCUCCAGGGCUUUGCAUGAAGGUUUGUGUUAAAGUGAUAUCUCUCUGUGAAGAGGUGCACGGACCCAUCAAACAGUUUGAAAUGCAUCGGUCCUACCAUCCUAUGUUUAAUUACUGUGAAAAUAUAUUCAACCAGAAAUCGUGGGAGAGAGCCUACAAAGACCACAGGAGAAAGGUUGAGAAUGCCAAAGCAGUAGUGGAUUGCAGUCCUCCUUUGAUCUACAACCAUAUUCAACUCAAUCUAAAGAAAUUCAAGAAAGAGACAGAAAGACUUCGAUUCAUUGAGAGAGAAAAUCGCUGGCUGAUGGAGAGGAUAGCUUUCAUCAUGAGGACCCAUAAUACGUGUGACUUCUUAAACGACUACAGACAAAGAUGGGCUAGAAGAGAAAGAGAACUUCAGAGAAUAGACAGAGAAAACAGAUCCUUUCAAGAAAGAUUUGCAAGCUAUCUGUCUUGGUAUCCACUUCAAAGAUGCUGUGAAGACUGGGAAGUAGAAGAAAACUUCAGUGACAGUACAACUGAAAUUCCACAAACAUGUUGUUGCUCUCAUUUAGUGCAUGAAAUAAGACCGAGGAGGAUAACACCAAGGAAAAGACUACUAAAGCUUAGGCAAAGAAGGGUAGAAGACUGGGACAGUGACAUGGAAGAUGAAGUAAUAUCCGAAGAUAUCAAGCAGAAACAAGAUGACAUGAAUGAGAAGAAUAACAUAAAUGAGAUGGAAGAUAAAACAAAAUUAUCCACACCAGAAAAAGAGGAAGAUAUGAUAAGUAAGCUAAUAAAAGAGGAAGAAAAGAGAAAAUAUAAAUUAGUUCAAGAAGAAAUACAAGAGAUUGGGUUUAGGCUGUUGGAGGAUGUAAAAUCAAGAGUGGCAAAGUUGGAAGUAGAAUUAGAAACAGAGAGUAAAAUGCUGCAGGAAGUAAAAACAUUGAUCAAAAUGAAAGAAGAAGAAGAAGUAAAUCAGCUGCAGAAGAAAGAACCAAAAGUAAGAAAGUCCAUUCUGAAAGAAAAGGCAGGGAGAAAGUUUAAAACUAGGAAAGACAUAGAGUCUAAAGCAAUAGAGGACACAGAGUCUAAAGCCAUAGAGGACACAGAGUCUAAAGCCAUAGAGGUCACAGAGUCUAAAGCCAUAGAGGACACAGAGUCUAAAGCCAUAGAGGACACAGAGUCUAAACCGAUAGAGGACACAGAGUCUAAACCGAAGAAGGAAAAAGAACAAAAACCAAGAGUGACCAUUGUGGAAGUAACAGAGGACAUGGAGCUUAAACCAAGGGAGGGAAGAGAAACAAAAAAAGUCACAUUGCAAGAACCAGAGAAAGAAUUGCAGGAUAAACCACCAGAGGAGGAAGAGGCAGUAACCAAUGCAGCAGUGAAAGAGGAAGACGCAGAGGAUAUAGUGUUGGAAGGAAAAGAGUCCCAGCCAUCCAAAGCUUUGCAAGAGGAGCAAAAGGAUGUUUCCUAAGCACUGUAAUGUCUACUUCUUUGUGUGAAAUUGGAGUCCAAGAGGAAAAGAAAGGGAAUAUCAGCAGUGUCCAGUAUUCACUGUUCUCAUGCUAAGUGCAGCUGUUGAAUAGGGAGUGGAGGUGUGGGGUAUAAAUACUGUGGCUUUCAAAGAUGGAGCAACCUUAGUGAUGCAGCAAAACUAUUUUUGUCAUUUUCUGGCUUGGUACCCAGCCCCAAAGAUGGAACAAAUUGUUCAGGAUAAUACAAGGAGCACAAAGGAUUUUGAAUGCGAUGGGUUUUUUUUUUACUUCUGAACUUUACUAGCUAUUCAGUUGAGGAUUUGUUUACAAUGACUAGAUGUACCUAUUUAUAUCUUCCAAGAAAGACAAACAACACAACAAAGAAUUCCUUUCUUCAAAAACAAACAAAAAACACUCUUCUAGAAAGCACUCCUGUUGGGUCCUUAACCAGUAUCUAAAUAAAGCUACCUAAUGUAAUGAAA